GGAUGAAUCUCCGGACAAUUUUAAAAAGUACACGUAAGCAUGGCCGCGGGCGAUCCAGACUUCAACUGGACUGCAUGGGCCGCGGGCCAGGAGUGUCAUGGCGUUUGGCGCGUUCCAAACGACUGAUUCUGCAGACGACAACAAAGUAGCAAGCUGCAGCGUGCGACGACGAUCGAAGCUUUAAUAAUUAUGUAUGUGCAGUACGAGGGAUUCGCAUCCUAAAACUCGCUAAAACUCGCAGCCUGCGUAUCGCAGUUUUAUGCCCCAUCAAAGCAGGCGGUACUUCGUUUUCAAGAUCCGACCUUCGCCUGUAGGGGAGAGGUCUGGGUGUCUUUUCUCGGCCCACUUUUCGAGGACAUCAAGAGUACCUCAAUAUUGUUCGUGAUGAAGUGUAACGUUUGUUGGCGCAACCUUGAAGGACGAGGGGUUGCAACAAAUUGCGGACAUGUCUUCUGUGUGGAGGAUGCAACAAGAAUUCUACACUCGGACUCCACAUGCCCAUUGUGCGAAAAGAUUCUAUCCAAGAGUGACAUGAAAGCGGUCGACCUUAAUCCGAAGGAAGAGUGGGUAAAUAUGGCCAUGGCUGGAGUUCCACCCGAUUAUAUUAUGAAGAGUGCUUUCAAGGGCGUAGUCUUUUGGUUAGGUCAGAAGGAUGUGGAAGCUCAGGUAACAGUCAGUAAGGCUAUGCAACUACGUCAGAAGUUUGAAGAAAUGCAGACAAAGUACAUGGAAAAAUUACAGCAAGUCCAUGCUGGCUACCAGAAGGCUAUGAAGAAACUCCAGUGUGUGCAGGAAGAGAAAGACAGUCUUCUCAAGGACAGAAAAGAAUUACAGGAAAAAUAUGCAGAAAAGGCAAGGCAAAAGAGAAAGUUGGAAGAGAUGUAUGAAACUUUGCGAGGAGAAUACGAGAAAGUAAAACGAACUGCUCUAGUGCCGGGUUCUCGAAGUCCCCCAUUUCAGAAGUCAAACCAAUUCGAUUUUACGGCCCCAACACCAUCUGGAUUUGAAGAUCGGACGCAAUUGAGGACCUCAGACUCCGAGAGACCGAUGGAGUUUUUGGGCCUGGCUCCAGGAACUCCAGCUCCUAAUAGUCAGAUGUGGCCAGCACGACAGAAACCUGUUUCUGGUCUCUUUGACGGGCCCAGUCACCCAGCAAUACGGAGAAGAGAUCAGUCUGGGAGGCUGCAGAAAAAUGAAGCUGGAAGUUCACCUUUCAAAAAGUCCGACCCUCCGUUGUUUACGCUGGAUGGUGGAAUCACAUCCACUGGCAUCCGCAACAUGCUUCUGUCACCGAUGAAACGACCUGCAAGCCGGAUGCCACCUUCUGGGUUCAGCUCUUGAAACUGCUCGAUCCACCUCUACUUAUCCAAGACUUCGACUUUAUGUGACUUCUUGCUUUCUCCGUCGACGAUUUUUGAUAGAGUGCAAUAAAUUGCACAAGACCUAAUUUUUGUAAGAAAGAUGGGGUGGUAACAGGUUUCUCGUUACGGGUGAUGGGAGCAAGCAUGAUGGACAUAACAAACGAUGAUUCAUUGAAGACAAUUUACAAUCUGAAUUUUGUUUUCAUUGGGGUUUUAUAGUUAAGAUCCAAUGCUCUUAUCACCUUUUAACCGUCCUGAAAUGAGCCCUACCUUUCACCUUUGCUGAAGCUAUCACAACCAACUAAAUCGUAGCUGCCAUCCAAUUGCAAUCCACCCAAGGGUCAAGAUUGUGAACGCAGACAGACCGUACACUGAAAUGCAAAUUGCGUAGCGCAUAUUGCUAGUAUUGUUGUUCAAGUUCUCGACUUUCCCUCCUUUGGUUUUUCGCUUAAUUUUGCCUACCUUAUGUUCAGCAGGCAAGAAUAAUCAAAAUUCGUUGGUUUUAUCGGCUCUUUCGGUACUUUCUGUCACAUGCUCACUGGUACCGUAACCUUGUCAUUUACGCUUAAGCUUGUCUUGUGUAACGUAGGCAGCCAAUAUGUUCUCAACAACUUACCUUUAGGAGAAAGUACCGUAUAAAUAUUGGUUUUUAACUUGCAUUUGUAUCUCAUCUUUCUUAUUACAUUAUUCAGUUUUUUGAAAACGAAAAUAUUGGAAAUCUUCGAGAAGGUUGGCGGAAGUAAUCA